AUCGUCUCUAGCGCAAGUUUUCCCGAUACGAGAUACGAUGCGGCGCCGGGGCCACACCAAAUCCCGGCGUGGCUGUGUGCAAUGUUCGUUGUCUCGACGUCGCAGUCUCGCCGGGAUUUCAACGUCCAGUGUCACCCCCCGGGAGACCUCCACACUUCUGUCUGAUACAAGCCGGGCCUUAUGCAGCCCAGCCCCCGAGGGGUUGCUCAAUCUCCGUCAUAUUUACCUCUUGCAAGCCAUAGCUCUGCAGACGCAUGGCGUCUCUCUGUUCAACGUUGCCCAGCUAUCCCAAGUCGACCGGUCCAACUGCGUGAGCUUUCUCAUCUACUCUGGCAUCCUCGGACAUCACCUAUUGGCUGAUGCUCUCUCUUUCCGAGAUCAACCGAUCGAUGAGUUCCUCGCCGAGUACGCCUGGUGUGCGCGCCUUCAUCGUGGAGUGAGGACGAUAGCUGCAUCAUCCUGGCCUCUGCUGAUGGAGUCGGAGCUCACUGGGAUGCUGUCUUGGAGUCAGGAGUAUUUGCUUCGAAAACCGACUGGGCAGGAGUGCUCUCGAAUCAGAGUGAUGGUUGCCGCAUCAGCAUCGUUGACCGGGGGCGAAAGACAGGCGUGCAUGGAGGCGAUCAAUUUCCUUCAGGUUGGGUUCGAUUCAGUACUGUCUGCCGACUGGGAGGAGCUUGGGAAAGAGGCCGGAAGCAAGGGGAACAAGCACCAGAUGACUUACUCGUGGUCUGUGGUGGUGGCCCCCGAGUUCAUGGCGUUGUUGGUGGACAAGCGACCCGAGUCGCUGGUGGUGUUGGGUUAUUUUUGUGUGCUGCUGCAUUAUGCGAGGGAGACUUGGCAGAUAAGAGACGCGGGAAGGUAUGUUUUCGAGAUGGUCGAGCAGUGUCUUGGUGAGGCUUGGAGGUGUUGGCUUGACUGGCCUCGAAGGAUGAUUGCAAGCGAUUAG